CUUCAUCAUUCGUUUCAGGUUAGAGACGAUAUCUGUCUAAUCAUGGAAUUUGCAACAGGAGGUGAAUUUGAAGAUUACUUAGUCAAACAGAAAGAUUAUAGUAUAGAUGAGAAGCAAGCUAAAUAUUUUAUGUUGCAAAUCCUUUCAGCAGUGAGUUAUUGUCACUCAAAAGGAAUCAUUCAUCGAGACCUUAAACCGCAAAAUAUUUUAGUGACUUCUUCUCAAUACGGAGAAGGAGACCAUAGUCUUUUUGGAAUAGAUCCCAACAGAGAGCCAUAUGAAGACAUGGUCCUCAAAGUCGCAGACUUCGGUAUAGCUGGUAUGAAACAUGCAGGCGCUAAAGGAGAAAGAUCAAAUGCAGGGACAACUAAGUUCAUGGCUCCUGAGUUGAAAGAGAGAAAGGAUAUUUCAGCAACUAAAGCACUUGAUAUUUAUGCUAUUGGAAUCAUUCUAUACAUGAUGGUAAUGGGUAAACACCCAUUUGUUACUAAAAAUAAGGACGGAACAAGAACAGUUUUGAGCAAAUUGCGCUUCCCUGGCCAGAAAGUGAGUAAAGAUUUUAAGAACUUAAUCGCUAAGAUGCUUGAAGAGGACCCAUUAAAAAGAAUUAAUAUGUAUGAUAUCUUGAACCACGAAUGGUUCAAAAGAGAAGAACCAAUGGCGGAAUCCCCUCUUCAAAAAUCUCUUUCUCCUGAAGGGAGUAAGAAAUCCAUUCCUGAAGAGGAGGAAGUAAAGCUGGAUAACAUCUUUAACAAGUCUAUCAAGGUAGAAUCGAUCAAUAAUUCGGAGUUGUUUCCAUCAUUCUCAAAAUCGAUCAGGGAGGAUGGUAUUGACAAUAAGAUUCAUAUCGACUUAGACCAUCGAAAAAUCAAGAAAGCAAUGGGAACUCCUAGUAGAAUUAGGAGAAGGAAGAAAUUUACCCACAAGCGUACUUAUAAAGUCAAGGCCCGAGAUAUCCUAAAUUUCAAAAACAAUGCACAUAAAGAAUACCACUCUCCAGAGAUCAACAGUAAAAGAGGUCAUAGUUUUUCUGGUACAAAAUACCAGAACGGAAGCGUGCGUAAAAAUGUGUAUAACCAAAGAGUUUCGCAACCAUCGUAUUCGAACAAGAAAUCACAAAAUCUUGAUAGUUACUAUGAAAAGUCAUCCCAGAUAUCUGAUGGGAUUCCUCAAAUGGGCUAUAAGAACAGUUCUUCAAGUAAUAUUGGAAGUGCUUCUUGGAAAUCCAAAAUUAAUAUCGAGAAAAGGAAGAUUCUCAGGUCGAAUAUCAGAAACUAUUCUUACUCACGAGCGAGUGCCAAGAACUUCAUGAAGCAUGGAACUGUGGCGAGCCAAUAUGAUAACGACCAUAAGUUCCCAGAGAUUAAUUCAAACAGGUCUAAAUUGUUUAAAUAA